GAGGGCUGCGAGAGGUGGCGGUGGCUGCCGGCUGGGUAGGAAAAUGGCGGCAGCGAGGCUGAGCGGCGGAGGCGGGGAGAACCGCCUGGUGUCGCUGCCCCUCUCCCGGAUCCGGGUGAUCAUGAAGAGCUCGCCGGAGGUCUCCAGCAUCAACCAGGACGCGCUGUUCCUCACCGCCAAGGCCACGGAGCUCUUUGUCCAGUAUUUAGCCACUUACUCCUACAAACAUGGCCGUGGGAAAGAGAAGAGAGCCCUGACCUACAGUGACCUCUCCCAUACAGCAGAGGAAUCUGAAACAUUUCAGUUCCUUGCUGAUAUUUUACCAAAGAAGAUCCUAGCUAGCAAAUACCUGAAAAUGCUUGAAAGAGAGAAGAGGGAUGGAGAGAUGGAGGAAGAAGAAGAUGAUGAUGAUGAUGAUGAUGACGACCAAGAGGAAGAGAGUGAAGAGGAAGAUGCUGAAUCUUAAGGGUGUCAAACAGCUAGCUUUAUAGCUAGUCUCUUCCUGCAGUAUCAAGUUUUGGAUUGACUCCCUGAUUUUUUUCCAAGCUAACCCACACUGAGUUGGGGGGUGGGAGGGGGAGUGUUGGAAAUCCAGCAUCUGGA